UGCGUGGUUGUCUGGAUAUGAAAGCCCUGUGGUAUCUCGCAUUAACACAAGGAUACAGGACCUAACAGGACUUGAUGUCUCCACAGCAGAGGAACUACAGGUGGCAAAUUAUGGAGUGGGAGGACAGUAUGAACCCCACUUUGACUUUGCACGGAAAGAUGAGCCAGAUGCUUUUAAGGAAUUGGGAACAGGCAACAGAAUUGCUACUUGGUUGUUUUAUAUGAGCGAUGUGUCAGCAGGGGGAGCUACUGUCUUUCCUGAAGUAGGAGCUAGUGUUUGGCCUAAAAAGGGAACAGCUGUAUUCUGGUACAAUCUCUUUCCAAGCGGAGAAGGAGAUUACAGCACGCGGCAUGCGGCCUGCCCAGUACUAGUUGGAAACAAGUGGGUAUCCAAUAAAUGGCUCCAUGAGCGGGGACAGGAAUUCCGAAGGCCAUGCACUUUAUCAGAAUUGGAAUGAUGCAGACUUGUCCUUUGUCUCUUCUGUAUUCAGUCUGUGUAAAAUGCACACAUCUACAGUUUACAAUUGACUAACACUCCACUACAGGUUCAGUCUUCAACUACACCGGUGUUUCAUCUGUGGACAAAACAAAUAUGCUUUUAGUUCCCUUAAAAUACCCCCUUAAGGUUUUAUGAACAGAAUAUAUUAAGGUCUAUGAGUGUUACAACAAGAAAAGAAAAAAAAAAGACAAAAUACAGAUCAGGGCCACAGCCAGCAGUGGUGUUGUGCGUGCUGUUCCCUUCACCAGCACCCCUCUGAUCAGC